AUGGCAAACCCUGACAAACCCAGCAGUGCAAUUGCGUUCGUCUAUAGAGGAACAUUUGUCCACUCGACCCAGCAAACAGCGCUGCAGGUCCUGGAAGAUGCGCUCCUGGGAGUGGAUACAGAGGGAAAGAUUGCUUUCAUUGGGGAAGGCAAGCAGUUGGAAAAAUUGUCCAAGAUCUUUGGAUUCAGCACAUCUGAAGUCACGCAACUCACAGAACAUGAAUUCGUAAUGCCAGGACUGGUAGACACCCACAUCCAUGCAUGCCAGUACAGCUACGCCGGCACAGCCCUGGACCUGCCCUUGCUGCAGUGGCUUAAUACCUACACCUUUCCUGUGGAAUCACGCUUCAAGGACUUGGAGUUUGCACGUCAGGUCUACACUCGAGUAGUGAAAAGGACCCUGACAAACGGAACAACCACUGCAUGUUACUUUGCUAGCAUACAUACAGACGCCUCCCUGCUGCUGGGUCAGAUUGCAAAUGACUUGGGACAGCGUGCCUUGGUGGGAAAGGUGUGUAUGGACAGGAACGAUUUUGUAAAACAUUACAGAGAAAACAUUCAGGAGUCUCAGGAUGAAACCUGUCGGUUCAUUGAAGAGUUCUUAAACAAGAAGUACCCUCUUGCGAAGCCAGUGGUGACUCCCCGAUUCGCUCCAUCCUGCUCAGGAGAACUGCUUGAACAGCUUGGAGAAAUCGCUAAGAAUAACAACCUGCACAUUCAGAGUCAUAUCAGUGAAAACAAGGAGGAAGUCCAGCUGGUAAAGGAGCUGUUUCCAGAAUCAGAGUCUUACACAGAUGUCUAUCACAAAUAUAACCUGCUCACUGACAAGACAGUGAUGGCCCAUGGCUGCUACCUCAGCGAUAAAGAGUUGGCUGUGUUCAGAGAGACAGGAGCCUCUUUGUCCCACUGUCCCAGUUCCAACUUUUCGUUGUGCAGUGGAGUGUUAAACGUCCGCAAUGUCCUACAACACAAAGUGAAACUGGGGCUGGGAACAGACGUGGCCGGAGGCUACUCUGCCUCCAUGCUUGAUGCUGUGAGGAGAACUAUGGAUGCAUCCAAAGUUUUGACCAUCCAGGACCCAGAACACAAGGCACUCACCUUUGAGGAGGUGUUCAGACUGGCCACGCUGGGAGGCAGCCAAGCCUUGUCACUGGAUGACCAAACUGGGAACUUUGAAGUGGGCAAAGACUUUGAUGCCCUGAGGGUGAAUGUAGCUGCUCCUGGUGGCCCCAUCGACCUGAUCCAUAGUGAGGGACCAAAGACUCUUUUGGAAAAGUUCUUGAACUUGGGCGAUGAUCGUAACAUAGUGGAGGUGUUCGUCGCUGGGAGGAGGGUGGUGCCGUUCAUAGAGCCAACAGCAGAGUAAACUGUUUGCUCCUCCCUAAAUCUUCACCUGUCUCAAAGCCCAAAAUACUUGUGUAUCUAAGAGAUACAACAAACUGCAUGUUGCACAAGAAUGGCUGAAAAUGCUCCGUGGCUACAUGAGCUGCAUCAUUGCACAAGUAAGAAAUUAAUUAUGACCGUAAACAUUUUAAAUGCAGAGGGUAGAACCGAUGAUGCAGCUCAACGAGGAUGAUACAAGAAUGAGGUCAGCUGAGCUUGAUUUCAUUUUGGUCCACAAGUCUUUAAAGAUAAUAGACUGACUUCAAAGCAGCCGCUUUGACAUGGCAUAGUGGGUAAACAGAGGUGUUAAAAAGGGAAGCAGGAACUUAUUACGUGCUGUGAACUUUGCACUUUUUCAUUUAAUUAGCACUUGCUGAAUAAUAAGCCACUUUUUUUUAUCUCCUCUUUGUUCAGGUACACAUCAGAUUUUUAAAAAUUUUCUUCGACUGGUAAGUUAAACAUAUUAAAUAAACAAAGAUACAAAGAGUGAUGUUGGCAGCCUUUGCAGUGUGUUAAAUACAACAUGUUUUCCAUUGCGUGUUGAUAUUUCAGUGUGGCUAAACAUAAGUAACAUAAAUGUGGGACUUGGUGUGGGUGAUGUAAAGCUAGCUCAGUGUGGCUGCAGUGCCUGACCUGAUUAUCUGCAGUGGCUUGACGGUCUCAUUUUCAUGCUUGUGUAGCAGGAAAAUGUGAUCCAAAGGCUGGAACUGAUUUGAGUUCUAACCGUUCAGUUUUGUCACUGUACACUCCAUCCAAGUACAUCCAUUAAAGUGUUUAAAAUGGCACAGGCACAUGAUUAUAUAGCGUUCUCCUGACUGCAGUUGUCCUAUUCACUGCUGCAGGUCACAACGUUCAGUGCAAUACACAACACAAGCCAUUCCAGGAGGAGGACAAUAUGUAUAAUGUGAAAUUAAUCAGUACUGACACUUGGUUGAUUUACCUCAGAUUCAACAUUCUGAUUUGACUCAGUGAAAAGCAACUUUGGUGCCUUAUUGUGAGAAUCAGUUUGUUAUAUGGACCUUUAAUUUGAACAUCAAUUACAAUUCAAAUGGUUGUACGACUGAGAUGUUUGAUUUUAGGGACUGUUACGUUACCUUUAAAAACUCUCAUUUAAUUGCUAUGAAAUGAAGGAUAAUUUAGCUGAAUGUGCAUUUGCUUUGAUAAAUAGUGUAUAGGACAACUUUACUUUUGUACUGAAAACAUGGAACAUUUUUAUUAUCAUAUAUCACAGUUUAACAAAAAAAAAAAUGUCAAUGGUAAAGCUUGUGCUUUGUACUAUUUGAUAUGUUGCAUCAUGGCAGAUUGAAAUAAAGAAUACCACCAAG